AUGAAGGCUAUGGCUCGGAGCUACGUUUGGUGCCCGGGGAUUGAUGCAGAGAUCGAGGCCUGGGUGAGAAGAUGCCAGACCUGCCAAGCAGUCCGCCCAAACCCACCAAGCGUGCCCUCACAGCCGUGGGAGUCAACGCACAAACCAUGGUCCCGGUUACACAUUGACUUUGCCGGGGCCCUUCUAUGGGCUGAUAUUCCUAGUAACAGUAGACUCGUACUCCAAAUGGUUGGAGAUCAGCCCAGUGUCCACCACCUCCGUGAAGGCCGUCAUUUGCUCACUCCGCCGGAUUUUCUCCACCCACGAGCUACCGGACACGAUAGUCUCCGACAAUGGAACUGCCUUCAUGUCAGCGGAGUUCCAGGACUUCCUCCAGCGGAACCUGAUGCGGCACGUUCAACAAUGCUACACGCACAAAAAGAUUUAAAUGAACUUCUCCUCUGUAAAGAACAAGAACUGAAAGAACUACAAAUUAAUCAGAUACAUUUUCUGAAAACAACACUGCAAGAAACCGAAAGACAACUUCAAGAAAUACAUAGGAAAUUCAACAGAUUAAAGGAAGAUUUCACUUAUAACCUUAAAAUCUUAGAAGAGAGAGAUAGAGAACUGGAACACUAUGAUACCUUGUUCACUCAGUUGAAAAUAGUUGAAAAUGCUAAGGAGGCAGAAGUUAGUGACCUUAGAAUUCAGAUGGAUAAGCUACAACAGGCACUUACUCAGGAGACCAAAAAGCAAGAAACUUUGCAAUACCAAUAUCAACAAAAGCUUAAAGAACACCAGUUAGAUUUGGAGCGACUUCUGAGCUCUAAAGGCUCUGAUAUCAGUCACCAUCGCAAGGAAUAUGAGAAUAUGAAACAACAACUAGAGAGAAAACUUCAGGAAGUAGAAGGUGAACUUGCUUUGCAACGACAGGAACUUCUAGUGGAAUUUGAUGCAGAAAUGAAAAAAAGAGAACAUGAAUUUCAUCAGAAAGCAGAUGAAAUGAGCAAUUUAGUUCUGUCUCAUGAGCUUAAGGUUAAGUUGUUGACCAAGGAAUUGGAAGCUUUGAAAGAUGCUGGGAUGAAAGCAGCAGAAUCAAUGAAAGUGGCAGAGGCAGCCAAUUUGGAGCUGGAAAAAGAAGUCAGAUGCAAGGAGUGGGAAUUAAAGGAUCUUGCAGCUGUAAAAGAUGCUCAGAUACAAGAUUUAGAAAGGAGACUUGAUUCAGUGCAGUUGAGCUGGAAAAAAGAGAGAGAACUAUCUGAAAGAAAACAUGCAGCAAUUGAUCGUUUGGCCAGGGAAAAGGAUACAAAACUCAGUUCCAUGAAAGAGGCCCAUGUUGAACAAAUGCAUAAAUGGGAGAAUCAAAUCCGAGAACUACAGAUAAACGGGGAAACUUUGGAAAUAGAACUACAUCAGGCUGAACAGAGGUAUACAAAUUCCCUGAGAGAGAAAGAGGCUGCUGUUGAAAAACUUGAACAACAGCUAAAGGCACUGCAAUCAAGCUGGGAUUCUCAAGUAGCUCAGAUCUUCAGGGAGACCAUUUCAAAAGACCUUCGGAUUCAAAUACUGCAAGAAGAAGAGAUGAAAUUGAGAGCACAAGUGACUAGCUUACUGCAAGGUACUGAAAGGUAUAAACAGCAGCUUUUACUAGCAUCAGAGAGAGAAGAGGCUCUGGAAAGAGCUAAAGUGCAAAUAGAGUUGGACUGGCGGAGACAUUCUGAGAAUGCUGAAAGAGAUCAAUGUCAAAAAUCAGAGGCUCUGAUACAAAGCCUGUUGACAGUUAGGGACCAGGUUACUGCCGAGCUGCAAAAGAAGGAACAGAAGUUGCAUGAAGUGGAAAUGGUUCUGUCUUCUGAUAAAGUUGGAGUAAUGGAAGCAAGUUUUCUUUCUCCUGAGAUUCAAAGGUUGCAGGAACAGAACAAUAACUUGCGGGCAGUGAUUGCAGAAAUGAGGAGAGAAAUGGAGACCCUUAAUAAUGAAGAAUUUUCUUCAGACCACAUCAAAAUUAAAACACAGGAUAAAAAUAGGACUGCUGAUACUGCUGAAGUUUCAUUCACUCCUGAUUAUGUUCUGUCUUUGGAGGAAGAAAUCAGAAAACUGAAGAAUAAAUGCUGGGCAUUGAACAAGCAACUUGAAAAUACAUCGGAAAUUCCUAGUAAAUUCUUUGCAACUUCUUUGAAUGCAUCCCAUUGUAAUAAAAAUACUCAAAUUUCCUGUAAAGACCACAUUUCCAAAAGAAACAGUGAUGAAAUUACUGGAGCUUCUUUGAAAAAGCAUGAAGCCAAAGCUCCACAUGUGGAUUUAACAGGAACACAAGUGUUAUAUUUUGGACCGGUCGCUCCUUUAGCUUCCUCGUCCUUCACCUCUCCCUCCGAGCUGCUGUCUUCCUCGCUAGUUCCCGACAUCCACUUGAAUGCAAUGACCAGGAAACUUCAGGAUGACUCUGUACAUCUCAAGCAACGGUUCUUUGGCAAGGGGGCAAGUGAUGAGCCCCACCAAUAUACAGGAAACUAUGCACAAGCGAUGCAAGGGAAACUGAAGGAAGCAGCGAGAAAAAUCUCCAAUCUGAGCAAAGAAAAGCAACAGCUACUAGAGAUGGUAAACAGACUGAGAGCUGAACUUGGAGCAGUAUCAAAGGAAGGAUCUCAAGAUUCCAAGAGCUCAAAGCAGACUCAAGGCCAUAUUUUCCUUGGUGCCCUCCAUCCAAAGGAACUAUCCAGGGAGACUAAGCAUCGCCUUUUAGCUUUAGAAGAUCUGCAGUACCAGCUUUCAACACAGAUUCAGGUUCAGUCAGAAUCAUUUGUUAGAAAUGAUACCGUGGGACUUCAAAAGAAUGACAUCUUAGUACCCCUUCAGGAUCAACAGCUUAAAAAAGAAAGUCCCAGCCAAUCCCAGCAAGACCACUUGUCAUCACCUGGUACACAUAGUUCCCUACAGGAUGUUUGGCAGAUUCUUGAGAUGGGAUCAAAUCCUUCCAUUCUCAGCCCACAGAGCAACAAUGACAAAGGGGAAUACCAAGGUCUCCAUGGAGCUGAAAAACCUGAAGACCCUGAAGGAAAGGCCAGCAUGUAUUUAGAGAGAACACCAGCUGCCACCUUGACUGUCACUGGAAAUAAGUUUAAUGUCCAGCCAAAACUAAAACCAAACAAGUCAUCAUAUAACCAACCACGAAAGCUUCAUACCUCUCAGCAGACAACCAGAAUUCGAAAUUACAAUAUCGCGACGUUCUCGUUCUCCUCAACGGAGGUCCAGACCAUCUCCAAGCCUCCAGAAGACUGUCUGUGUUCUCCUUCUCCGCUUCAUCCUAGGCCUACGUUACCAUCACAGACUGGUCCAGUGGUCCCCACUCCUACCCGAGUGACAGAGGUUCCAUCUGUGUCGACACCGAUGUCACCUUCCGGAUCUUUGGACUCCGAUUCAGACACCGACGGUUCGGAGCAGCCUGGAUCGCCCGAAGACCCUUCAAUUCCAAACCCAGCAGUAUCGGACAACCUCCCUAUAUCCCUGUCUGAAGAUAUUUCUUCUUAUGGAGAGUUAAUCAAACGCAUGGUGAAUCUGCUAGGACUUUUGAUUGUCCAACCCCAGCCGUCGGUGUCGGACGCCAUCUUCGAUGUCGUACAACUAGACACCUCCACACCGAUUGCUCUCCCGAUGUCGUCCGUGUUACUCCAGGCAGCUAAGGCUCCAUGGGACAAACCGUGUUCUGCUCCAGUGUCCUCUCAGUGCUUGGAUCAUAUGUACCGGAUUCAGGAGAUGGAGGCUGAAUUUCUCCAGCUCCAUCCUAAACCCAACUCUAUGGUCAUGUCAUCCUCCUCAAAGAGCAAACGUAGCUUGGCUACACCUUCGGAAAAGGAGAUUUUCAAUGUCCAUUUAAUAAACCACCACAAGACGAAGGCUAUAAACCAUGGCAGUCUCCAUCUGGAAGCAGACAACACUAUCAGUCCAGACAAAGGUACAGUAUUGGACAACAACAGACCAGACCAAAACAACCUAAAUCAAACAAACAGGGCCUUUGACUUGGUCCUGCCUACCCUUACGGACCCUACCCGUCUCUACCCUUAUUUACAUGCCUGGACUGCCAUUACUUCGGACCAAUGGGUCCGUUCCAUCUUGACCACUGGCUAUUCCAUCAAGUUUAUAGAGCCUCCACCCCUUUCUGGGGUAGUCACCACACCCCUGUCGUCAUUCCUACUCAAAGAAGUAACCACACUUUUAUCGAAGGGUGCUAUAGAACCCGUGCCUCUAAAUCACCAGGGCCUCGGGUUUUAUUCCAGAUACUUCAUGGUACCCAAAAGGGACAGCGGACAGAGGCUGAUCUUAGACCUCCGUGGCCUCAACGCCUAUAUACAAUGCCAGAAAUUCAAGAUGACAUCCCUGCAGGUCAUUCUACCUCUCCUGUCCCAAGGCUGUUGGAUGGCCACUCUUGACCUCGAAGAUGCCUACUUCCAUGUAACCAUCCACCCCUCCCAUCGAAAGUAUCUUCGAUUUGUGAUAGGGGGCAGCCACUACCAAUACAGGAGUCUACCGUUUGGCCUCAGCACAGCACCGCGGGUCUUCACCAAACCGAUGGUGGUCGUUGUGGCACAUCUCCGCCUCUGUGGCCUGACGGUGUUCCCGUAA